AUACCCAAAGUUGAAAGAAACAAAGUACGCCCGGGUUUCUUUAUUCCUGUUAGCACUCCUCUUUUGUCCAAACGCAACCACGGCCCUUGCUCACCGGCACGACUAGUUGACGCUGCCUCCACCACCUCACAGGGCGAAGGGCCGGCGGACGCAAAACUCCCGAUAUCGUCCCCGAAUGAAGAGCUGACCUCUUCUCAUCAGGACACUUCGAAAGAGUUGAGGAUUAUUACCAGAGCCAGGACAAUGCGGCCCCAUCUUCAAGGCAUCGGAUCAACCAAACCAAAUCAAUUGUGUCGCGUUAGAGGAUGUGGGAUCCUUCGGUUGCUUACCUUUCUGCGUCGCAUGCGGAGAGUAGACGCACCUCUGACAGCCGAAAAACAUCCGCUUUUCCGUGUCUUUCCGUCGCUGCUUUUUUGCCCCUCAAGACCGAGCUGA